AAUGGAUGGUGCCAGAAAAGUCGCUCUGACGAUUAACCCCUUCACUGCUUUCGUGACCCUGAUCCUGCCCAGCGGGCUGAUACUUCUGGCUGACCUGGUGAGCUUUGCUCUUCCUUUCGAAGGAGGAGAGCGCAACUCUUUCAAAGUCACUUUGGUCCUGAGCUUCACCAUGUUCCUCCUCAUCCUCAGCGACCACCUGCCCAACGGCGGCCACUGUAACCCCCUCCUCUACUACCACUUCAGCUUCUGUCUGGUGUGUUUGGUCAUGAGCAUGCUGGUCUCCAUAGUGCUAACACGACUGGCCGCAGACGACAGCUUCUUGGUUUGCAGAGGCUCCGCCAAAGUUCAUCCGUCAGACGGCGGCAAAGCAAAUGACAGCCUUGAUCGAGAGAAAGAUACAAGUGCGAUCACAACAAAGUCUGGCCACCCGGCUUCAGAGACGACUACACUCCAGAAAAUAGCCAACCUUUUGGAGACCAUGGAUGCAAGAGAAAAGAAGAUUGAGAGCAAAGUGGCAUUCGCUACCUCCUAG